AUGGAAUGUAUCACUUGUAUGAAACCAGUAAAGACUGAUGAAUCUUUGAAAUGCACAAAUUGCCACGGAACCUACCACUAUUACUGUAAUGGAUUGACGGAAGCAGACUUUAAAAAAAUCCGUCCGAUAAAUAAACAGAAAUGGAAAUGCUGUGGGUGCAAAGAUUCAAACAAGACAAACAGUCCUGUCAUUCCUGUAAAACCAAAACAACUGGCGUCUUCGAAUUUGAGUACAAUUACCAAUGCCGAUUUAGCCAGUCUGAAAGAAUUUAUGGAGGAAAAAUUCAAUGCUCAAACUGAUAACUUCGCCAAUUUCAAAAAAACUGUAUCUGAUCAAUUAUCAGCACUCACAACUUUAGUCAACACGUGGGAAAGCCGAAUCCAGAAGCUAGAAAGCAACGCUCAAGAAAUGAAUGAAAAUCUUAACAAUCUUAAGAGCCAGAACGCAGAAAUCUCCACCCUUCAUGACACGAUUGACUUACUACAAGAGCAACUCAAUACCCAAGAGCAAUUCUCUCUACGCAACGAGAUAGAGAUAUGCGGUAUUACAGAGUUCGACAACGAAAACCUGACACACACUGUCCUUGUAUCAGCCCAAAAAAUCGGAGUUGAGCUUACCGUGAGCGAUAUAGACCACGUGACCCGCGUCGGUCCUAAGUCCAAACCCGACGCCGCCGCCGCCGCCGCCGAGCCGCGCCCCGUGGUGGCGCGCCUGCUCCGCAACAACAAGCGCAACGAGAUCCUGCACGCUUCAAAGGUUCGCCGCAACCUGAGCACCGGCGACAUCGGCCUCGGAGGUACUGCCAGGAAAAUUUACUUCAACGAGCGGCUCACUAAAGUAAACAGGCAGCUUUUUCGUGAAGCACGAAACAGAUCAAAGCAGUCCGGUUUCAAAUUCUGCUGGGUCAAAAAUGGGUCCAUUUAUAUCCGAAGAGAGGACCAGAAGUUCCCAAAACUCAUACGAAACACUUAUGACCUUGACCAAGUUCUUGGUUCUACUCGUCCUCGUGAUCCUAAGACCACUUAG